AGACGAGCUGUUAUCAUGUCAGGAAGAGGAAAAGGCGGUAAAGGACUCGGUAAAGGAGGCGCUAAGCGUCACCGAAAGGUUCUCCGCGAUAACAUCCAGGGAAUCACUAAACCCGCGAUUCGUCGUCUUGCUCGGCGCGGCGGAGUCAAGCGUAUUUCUGGUCUGAUCUAUGAAGAGACGCGCGGCGUGUUGAAGGUGUUUCUGGAGAACGUUAUUCGUGACGCUGUGACCUACACCGAGCACGCUAAAAGAAAGACCGUCACCGCCAUGGAUGUCGUGUAUGCUCUGAAACGACAGGGACGCACUCUGUACGGAUUCGGAGGUUAAGCGUUUUCUGGACGGAACGAAACCCCAACGGCUCUUUUAAGAGCCACCCACGAUUUCACUCAAAGAACGAGUUUCCAAACGGUCGAACUAUUCAUAUAUUUAAUUUAAAUAUUUUAAACCGAGUAAAAUAAAACUUAAUCUCAUUUUAAUGUGUAUAAUUACAGUUCAGGCUAUGUGUGACAAAUAAAACCACAAUACAGUUGUACUUUUAGGAACAUAUCAGACUGAAUAAAAUAUUUAACUUUGUUAAAGUUCAUCCAGCCAUUUUUUUGCUGAAAGUAU